AUGAUUGAACUAUUAUUUGAAGAGAAUAAAACAAAUAUGGACUUAAAUAUUCACUCUCAAUUUGCCAUCUAUUCAUUGUCUGAAAGUACAGAUAAUGAGAAAAUUAAAUAUUUUUUAACAUUUGCAUUGAAUCAUCUGAUCUCAAAUGAACUUAGGGUUAAAAUACCUCAUCCUUAUACCAAUAUAGACAAGAAUACGGACAUUUUAUUUGAAAUUUUGACAAAUGGAGGCAAUCAAUUUUCUAAGGUUUCGUAUUGGUAUCCGUAUGACCUGCCAACUUCUCAUAAAUUGCCGAAGAUUUACAAUACUAUUAUAGAGGUAUGUUUCAAGGAUUUUACGGGAUGGUCGGUUUUGAAAAUCUCUAGUCGGGUUUUGAAGAUUUCCUGGGGCGGGUUUUGGGUAAGCUAA